AUGGGUAAAACUGCUCUUCAUUAUGCAGCAGCAAAAUUUUGUGGUAAAGAAACAGCCGAACUUCUUAUUUCACAUGGUGCAAAUAUCAAUGAAAAAGAUAAUGAUGGAUACACUGCUCUUCAUUAUGCAGCAGCAAAUUUUCUUGGUGAAAAAACAGUCGAACUUCUUAUUUCACAUGGUGCAAAUAUCAAUGAAACAGAUAACAUGGGUAAAACUGCUCUUAAAAUUGCAGUAGAACAUCAAUAUAAUCAAAUUGCCAAACUUCUUAUUUUGCAUGGUGCGAUAUCCGAUUUUUAA